AUUACCGACAUUUUUGCAUGCAACAAAUCCUCGUCAGCAUUAUCAGCGUCGACAAAACUCUUAAGAAUGGCAUUAUCUCUCUAAUAAGGUGUCAUAUAAUUAUCACAGCAUUAAUAACAUGGGAUUCAAUAAAAUUGGAAAUAGCUGUCAAAUCCGCCUUUUAGUAUAUUAUUCAUGUCAAUUAUUUAUAUUGUAUAAUACUUGGAUUUUAAAAUUAAUUCAGUCGACGAAUAUCACCAAUGAUCAUAAUACCUCGAUAAGACUGUUACACUCUCCUCUUAUCAGUCGUUUACGCCGACAGAUAUUGGAGUCAAGUGGAAAGACGCCAGAAGCAGCAGCACUGAAAGCUACAAUAGCUACAAUGGAAGGCAGUGAAUUGACUCAAAUCAGUUAUCAUUGUCUUGUCUAUGAUGAAACACCAGCCAAUAGGAUACUCCUAGAUGAGAUAACCACAAAUACAUGUCAACUGUUGUCUAGGCAACAAAUUAUACAAUUAAAACUACAAAAAAUUCAAUUAUUUAAUAUAAAAGUUAUCACAACAGCUAACCCGUUGGCGAAAUAUUUAAAAAUUGAUACAAAUAAUUAUACUCUAAUGACCGUACAACAUGUUGACAGAGAGGAAUUAUGCAGUAGUAAUUCUGUUACAGACACCCAACUGACUACAUCUUUAGAUUCACUGAGAGUCUGUUGUAUAAAUCGUAUGAAGGAGUGUAUAUUUCCCCUGAAUAUACUUGUACAGACAGGUGUUAGCAAAGAAGAUAUCACUGGUAUCAUUGGUACAGAUACUACUCUUAGUAAUACUACAAGUACUACUAGUAGCAGAGUAUAAAUAGUUUACGCUCAAAAUUUUUUACACUCCAGAUUAAAUUAAUUGAUAUCAAUGAUAAUCCCCCGAAAUUCCCAAAUUCUUUGCAUACAAUACAUAUUUCUGAAGGAAUACACAUUGGAUCACGUCUCCCAUUACCAUUGGCUGAGGAUUUAGAUUCUUUAGACUAUAAUAUUAUUCGAUAUCAGCUGCUCACACAAGGUGAUGAUACAUUCGAAUUGGUCCAGUUAUCCAGUGAAUUUCCAAGUCUUCCUAUGUUGCCCUCUACCUCUUCAAAUCAGCCGGCCUAUUCAUCAUCAAAUUCUGAUUACUAUAAUAAUCUCCCCUAUGGACAAGUAGACAGCUCUUAUACUGCCUACCAUCCUCCAUCGUCUACAUCCCUCAUGGCUGUUAGUCAACACCAUCUACAAUCACUACCUCAACAACAGCAACUACAAUUACAACAAACCAGACCAGAACAACUCUAUUUAAAAGUAGCUAAACAAUUAGAUUGGGAGACAAAACGUAGUUAUAAUUUUAUAUUAACUGCUGAAGACAAUGGUUCACCGGCGUUCACUGGUCAAAUGAAUAUUGAAGUAAGUGUUCUUUGUGUAUAAGGUAUGAGUACGCCUCAGUAAUUUUCAAUGCCCACCUACCUGAUAUCAAUCCG